GUGGGUAGCAUGAACAAAACGAAUCAAAACAUUUGGUAUACAUUCUUUUCAUUGACUUUCUCUUGAGUUAAUAACUCAGAUUGGAAACAUAUUUGUUGUGUUCGAUAGUUUAGACGCUAAAUAAAAACCUUUUUCAUUGAAAUAUUGGUGAAAAUACAAUGCAAUAAAUUCAAACUUCUGAUUGUCAGUCUGACAUGCGGUACAAUGUACAACCAAAGUAUGUGUGUCAUGCUAUCGUGGUACCUGUACAACGCUGUACACGUACAGCGCUAGUACAGCUGUAUGUCUGUCCAUGGUAUAAAUCAGCUAUAAAGGUUACUAGGUUACUAUUUUCAACGACAACUGUUUAUUUAUUAUACUGCUUCAAAUACCUUCGACGAAAUCAAAUGUAACCAUAUUAACUGUAAAUUACGAGCCACCUGUUCACUCCACCAUCUUGACUAAAACUAAAAUCUUUCUUGUAAACAAAGUCAGUGUUGCUCAAUCCUUAUUUAUUCUUUCGGAAUAUUUGGAAUUAAAAACGGUACAAUGCAAAAUAAACUGGUCAAUCUCAAACAACGGACUCCUCUGUAUGGCCAGCUGGUGAUAGGGCCACCCGGUUCAGGAAAGACCAGCUACUGCAGCAAAAUGAAGCAAUUUCUAGAGAAGCUUGAUCGAAAAGUUGCCGUGGUAAAUUUGGAUCCCGCAAAUGAUAACAUGGACUAUGAAUGCAUGGUGGACAUUAUGGAACUGAUCACAGUUCAGGACGUGAUGGAACAGUUCAGCUUGGGUCCGAAUGGCGCAUUGAUUUAUUGUAUUGAGUUUCUAGAGGUAAACUUCGGAUGGUUUCUGGAAAAGCUGAGAACAUCGAACUCCAAGUAUCUCAUCUUUGACUGUCCCGGACAAGUGGAGCUGUAUACUCAUCACAACUCAAUGAGAAGCAUCUUCGCAAAACUGGAGCAGCUUGGGUACCACUUGUGCACUGUUCACUUGGUGGAUUCACAUCACUGUUCCGAGCCACAUAAAUUCAUCUCGACGUUGUUACUUUCCCUCCACACGAUGCUCCAGAUGGGAUUGCCCCAUGUGAAUGUGCUAAGCAAGGCGGAUAUGCUGAAGGAGCACGAGUCGAAACUAGCGUUUAGUUUGGAAUUCUACACAGAGGUGCUUGAUCUCAGCUAUCUGCUGGAGUGUGUAGAUAAUUCAAUGAUCGCUAAAAACAAAUAUAAAAAGCUGAAUGCGGCAAUCGUUUCGAUGGUGGAGGAUUACGGGUUGGUUUCGUUCUAUUUGCUAGAUUUGAGCAAAAAUGAGAGUUUAGUGAGAUUGAAAAAUGCAAUCGAUAAGGCGAAUGGAUACGUUUAUGGAGCUGGAGAGGAGAAGAACGUGAACACAUUGUUGGCUUGCGCGGUUGGAGCGGAGACCCAGACUGAGCGAAUGGAAAAAGAUAUUGAUCUCUAUCGGGAUUAGGUAAACUAUAAUAAAUUAUUUUUAUUGUGAA